AUAGUCAGCCUCAUAGCGCAACAUUGACUACAGAGUCCCUUAGAAUGGGACCCUCAUUUGAAUGUUCUUUUGUACAAUAGGGUCAUCGGUGGCGGUCAGCUGCGUGCGGUAGAAACAAACUUUAACGAAGCUCUCGUAAUAUUUUGAAGCAGGUGGCGCCGUCUGGCGGAGUUCGAUUUCAGCGGUCGACGGGUUGUCUGUGUUAUGGUUUCCUGUGGUGGUUAGUAUAGGCGGGCAGGCGAAUCUUCGCGCAAGAUAAGCCUGGCUUUAGUUAUUAAAGUUAUUGUACUGCCAACAAAAAUUAUAUAAGCUACCACAAAUAUAAUUAAAAUCUGCUAACGCGCGAAGAUCAGGCAUUUCCGUUUGGCUUUAGUUUGACUUCUUCACUUUAAUAUAAGUUGCUAAAAUGGCAGAGAAGGCCGGCGAACGCGUGCGGAAGGCAAUGGAGAAUGUCAUCACUGAGCUAGAUAAAAGCAAGCUGCGCCGAAUGCAGCGCGAUAUGCAUUUGUGCGCGGCAAAAUGCUGUGAAGACUCAAGCAAGAGCAUUGAAGGUGUUCACCAUUGCGUGGAAGGGUGCGGAGCUGACGUAGGGCAGGCGCAGUCUGUUGUGCAGUCGGAACUGAACAAUUUACAGAGCAAAUUACAACGCUGCGUCAUGUCUUGCCAGGAUGAAAUUCGAGAACAGAUGCCUGCGACAGCUAGUGAAACAGAUGCUGAUAGGUAUCGGGGUCAGUUUGAAAAUUGUGUUGUCAAAUGUGCUGACACUAACAUUGACAGCAUUCCAGCCAUGAUGAGAAGAAUUAAGGAGCUCAUCGACGCUCAAAUCUCAAGAAAAUAGCACCCCAUUGUUAACGUUUAGGUCCAUAUAAAAUAGAUAAACACAUAAAUCUAAAAUAUGAGCCAAGGGAUUUGUUGAUCGAAUAUGAAGAGAAUUCUUACGCUAUGUUCACGGUAAUUUUUUAUGAGGUUUUGCAAGGCAUGAUUGCAAACGAUGAAAAGAUUGAUUGUGAUGUCAUAAGCUUGCGUACAUUUUGUCCGGGUGCAUUCCAAAACAAAUGAAAGUAUAGAGAGAGUGCAAAGUGAACUAAUAUUACUUCACACAAGCGCUUAUAUUAUUUAAAAGAUAAGUGCUUGUGCCAUGAAAAUAAUAGGUAGUUUGCGAAACUUUAUUUUUUCAAAAGUUGCGAAAUUUGCAGGCUGUUGAGAGUGGUUUUAAUGAUUGGUGGUGAUUAAAGCUCUGGAUGGCUUUCUUGAUUAGACAAUAACAAUAUUUAAGAUGCUGGAAUCACCUGAAGUGCUGUACGUUGUAGAUGCAGUACGUUCAAUUAAAUGCUAAGUAAUGCGUGUAAAUUUGUUCGCGCGUAACUGCACUUUGUGACAGAUCUUUUGACGUGUUUGAUUGCGGCAUUGAUCGCAGUAGAUGAAAACGUAAUAACGAAUAGGACUAUCUGGUGUAAGAAUUCAGUAUAGUGUCAACAAAAAUUUAGACGAAUAUUUAUUGGGCGCGAAUUUUAUUGCUGAAUGUAAAUGUUCGUCUUGCAUACGACUGUCUUAUGGUCAUAUGGUGUGUUGCUUAAAAGAAGCAUAACAUUUCUGCAGUUAGAAAGCACAGAAUUUAAUGUAAUAUAAUUAGCAGAAAUCAAACUAGUAAGAAAAUAAAAACGAAGCGAAUCGGAUUAAACUCUAAACGAAACGACGAACGGAAACGGUUGGUAUAUUUUAUUGUAGUGUCAUUUCGUAUAUUGUUAUGACGAUGUGUUAGAAAUAAAUAAAUUCAGCUUGUUCUAAUAUUCGUAAAUGUUUUGUUAUCGUAAUUUGGUUUACAAAUACUUCGCAGGCAAUGGUAACUAGGUUUGGAGGAGUGUAAAAUUUCAUACACAUAUCACAACCGUUUUCAUAGCCGUGUAGCUGAUUCGACGCAUAUGCCAUUGCAACUCAAAUUUUGCUAUCAGACAUAAAAUAGACAUUGCAUAGCGGAAGAGCUAAAGUAUUAGAUUUGAUACAUGAAACCUAGUGUCAGAUGCUGUUGAAAUACUUGACUGAAAGGUUAUGCCGAAGGAAAUGUUUCAUAUCGUACGAAUUCAACUCCCGGGAACUUUCGGUCGUAUGAAGAGAGCAGGGUUUAGCUUAUGAAAAGACAACUUGACUUAGGUCGACCCGUUUUAUUGAAUCAUUUGCGAGUAUCGUCGGCUACCACAGCUAUCGUUCGGUCCCUACCAUUUGCCCUUGUUGCAGGCAUUAAGGAUACGUUCGUACGUAUUUUAUAAAUAUUCGUAGGUAGCUAUGUUAUCCUCAUCGCACCUCAUUUGACUUCAUCUCUGUACCACUAGGAUCUACUAGCCAUAUGAAAAUGCAGGCGGUGCGCUUCAAUUGAAUUGGAUAGUCCUUUCAUAUCAGGUUAAAACUUAUAUAUAAACUUAACACACUUCAAGAUCUGUAGAACCACCAAAUUACGUUGUUUACACAAGCGUUAUAUUCUAGAAGUUUUAGAAUUAGCAUUCUUCAAAUUAAAUAGACAUGUGGCUAUUUGUGCAAAAGGUGUUCCAGGUUUUUCGAUAACGAUCGAAGCCGCUGGGGCAUUUCGACACGCUAGGACGCGAACGAACCUGCUGGGGUAGGCGCAAAUACCAGAUACGCUAACAAGCUGGAGUUUGAUGUAGCUACGGUAAAACAAAGUCAACGAGCUCACUCCGGUUGUAGGUUUGCUUUCCGACUAGUAAUCGUCGUUAAAACUAGUUGGCCCUUCAUCUGAAGUUGAACAUUUUCGCUUACUCGUUGAGUCCAUAACAUUGUAAUUGAAAAAAAAAACACUUGUUACUAUGACGCAAUAGACGUAACAAAUGCAUUUAGCGUUUCUCCUUAGGUUGUUUUUAUUAUUAUUAUUAUUAUUAUUAUUAAACCAUAAUAAGGAAUUGAACUAGAGAUCGAUG